GCUGUGGUGCAAGGCCAUUUUUGCUGGUUACAAACGUGGUCUCCGAAACCAGCGGGAGCACACUGCCCUUCUGAAAAUUGAAGGUGUUUAUGCCCGUCAGGAGACAGAUUUCUACUUGGGCAAGAGGUGUGCCUAUGUAUACAAAGCGAAAAACAACACUGUAACCCCCGGUGGCAAGCCCAACAGGACACGAGUGAUCUGGGGGAAGGUAACCCGCGCCCAUGGGAACAGCGGCAUGGUUCGUGCCAAGUUCCGCUCCAACCUUCCUGCCAAGGCCAUUGGACACAGAAUCCGGGUGAUGCUGUAUCCAUCUAGGAUCUAAAUUUUUAUUUGAAAUAAAAUGGAGAAUCUGUUUAAUUUUUGUA